CUUUACCUAAAAUAUUUACCUUACCUUGACCUUAUUUUGUGAAUUACUAGUUUAUGAAUGACUAGUUACAUAAUAGUUAGAGAAGGUCAAUUUUACUGUGUGUUGUUGCAACUAAGGUAAAACCGUAAUAGUAAAAGGAUGUGUUCUCUCCCGCCGCCGCCUCCACCGCCCCCUCAGACCCUCGACCUCAAGCACGACUCUCCAGAGCUCCCGUCAUACGCAGACAGCAAUCCAACACCAAAAUUUCCAGAAAUUUGCGAAUGGGCAUCAAAAAACCUUGACCUGUGGGAAGCUUGUGCUAAAAAUAGUAUUUGCCAUCAAAUCGCGCCUUUUAAAUAUUGUUACAAGCAUUUUGAGUCUAUUCUGCAAGUCGGGCCCACUUGUGGAUUGGCGGCUCUCUCUAUGCUAGUGAGAGGGAAGGUUUCUGCUAGUGAAAUGUUAGAUGUCUGCAAGCAAGAGGGGUACAGUAAUAAUGGAGAGAUGCUGAGUAGUAAGGAUAUGGUAAAGUUGGCAGAGAAAGUUUUCAGCUUGGCAGAUAUAGAGGGUGUCUCCUGUGGGGUGAAGUUUGGACAUCUUUUUAGCCAUGAUAUUAUAGAGAAGUUAUUAGAUGGUGCUGUGUUGCUAGUUCCUUAUGAUGCGGAUGCCAAUCAUUCACCAUGUCUCAGACAAGGCCACAAGGCACACUGGGCACUCAUCAGCGGAGUAAUCAUCUGUAAAAACCCCAGAUCAACUCUAGACUCAGACCCUGAUAAUGUCUAUGUACUAUGCAGGCAUGGGAAAUCUAGAUUUCUGGCUACUUGGAGACUAUUUGACCUGUACAACAGUAAUAAGAACUUAUGGGAAUUUAUACCUCCAAAAGGGAAAGAGAACCAGUUGUUUAUUAUACCUAAAGGAGGAAUAGGAGGUGUUGAUGGUCUCAGGAAACAGUUUGUGAUAUUUCAUGGCUUGUAGUCUUAUUUACAAGCAAUACUUGUGUUAGCAAAUCUAUCUACUAUGACAAAUUAUCAAAUUUUACAAGAUUUUACAUCUAGUCAUGAUGUUUACAAUUUUAUAAGGUUAUUUAUUGUUAGAUUUUUAUAAAAUAAAAGAUAUAUUUAUUUCAA